UCUCGCAGUCUAUUUUGAAGGCAGGCGAUUGGAGCACAGCGCGGGGGUGAGGACGCCCGCUGUCAGCAUACACGCUACCCAACACACCAUUAACCUGUCAUUUCAAGACAUAUCAGGCUUUUUUUGAGCGCAAUAUCGAGGUGAAUAUCCCGGACGCUCUAGCUCGCCGAAUCUAGGACAUUUUUAAUUCUUAAAGCGUGUCCAAAUCCGUGACGGGAAGACAUGGCCACGACUACAUGUACGCGCUUCACGGAUGAAUAUCAGCUGUACGAGGAGCUGGGCAAGGGAGCUUUUUCAGUGGUGCGACGAUGUGUGAAGUUGAGCACAGGCCAAGAAUAUGCCGCCAAAAUCAUCAACACCAAAAAACUGUCCGCGAGAGACCACCAGAAGCUCGAACGAGAAGCUCGAAUCUGUCGUCUGCUGAAACACUCCAAUAUCGUUCGUCUGCAUGACAGUAUAUCAGAGGAGGGCUUCCACUACCUACUGUUUGAUUUGGUGACUGGAGGGGAACUCUUUGAGGACAUUGUAGCCAGAGAGUACUACAGUGAAGCAGAUGCCAGUCACUGUAUCCAUCAGAUUCUAGACAGUGUCCAUCAUAUUCACCAACAUGACAUAGUGCACAGGGACCUGAAGCCAGAGAAUCUGCUCUUGGCCAGCAAGUGCAAGAACGCUGCAGUGAAGCUGGCUGACUUUGGACUGGCCAUCGAAGUGCAGGGAGACCAGCAGGCAUGGUUUGGAUUUGCAGGGACACCAGGUUACCUGUCACCUGAGGUGUUGAGGAAGGAGGCAUAUGGCAAACCGGUGGACAUCUGGGCCUGUGGUGUGAUUCUGUACAUUCUGCUGGUUGGAUAUCCACCUUUCUGGGACGAGGAUCAGCACAAACUUUACCAACAGAUCAAAGCUGGAGCUUAUGAUUUUCCAUCUCCAGAAUGGGACACAGUUACUCCUGAAGCCAAAAACCUCAUCAAUCAAAUGCUGACCAUAAACCCUGGCAAAAGAAUCACUGCACAGGAAGCUCUCAAACACCCAUGGGUCUGCCAACGCUCUACUGUGGCUUCCAUGAUGCACAGACAAGAGACUGUGGAAUGCCUGAAGAAAUUCAACGCCAGGAGGAAACUCAAGGGGGCCAUCCUCACCACCAUGCUUGUGUCACGGAACUUCUCUGUGGGUAGCAGGCAGACCACGGCUCCCGCCUCGGUCACUGCGGCUGCGGCUGCUGUAGCCGCCGCUGCAGGCACCACAGCAGGGCUGGUGGAACAAGCAGCCAAGAGCUUGUUGAACAAAAAAGCAGACGUUAAGAAGCGGAAGUCGAGCUCUACCAUUCAGUACAUGCCCCAGACAAACAGCACCAAAAACAGCAUAGUCACCAGUCCCAAAGGAAACCUCCCCUCUCCUGCUCUGGAGGCACAGACCACUGUCAUCCAUAAUGCAGUGGAUGGGAUUAAGGAGUCGUCGGACAGCAGUAAUGCCACAGUGGAGGACGAGGAAAUGAAAGGAAAGGCUGUAGAUAACAGUUCAGUUCAGUCAAACCCCAGCACCCAGCCUGACUCCGCCCACACACCUCCAGGCCCCUCCCCCGCUGUCUUCACUGCCACUAGGUUCACUGAUCUGCUGGGUGUGGUACGUCGGGGCUCGGUGCCCACAUCUGAUGUUGAGGGGGGAAACACUAUCACUCCAGCUGUAGUUUCUGCCCCCUCCACUCCCCAGACCCCAAACAUUCCCACACAGAUGUCACGUUUGACUGAUCUAGUGAGCAGUGUGCGCAGACCUACAGCCCCCCAGACAGACAGUGAGCCAUCAGCAGCCAGCAGAGCCCUUACUGCCCCAGUGUCUGUCCCAUCACACCCCUCCCCUUCCCCUGCCCAGCCAUCCUCGAGCCCCCUGCCAUCAGCGCAUUUACGCAAACAGGAGAUCAUCAAAAUCACAGAACAGCUUAUUGAGGCCAUCAACAAUGGCGACUUUGAAGCCUAUGCUAAAAUCUGCGACCCUGGACUCACCUGCUUUGAACCUGAGGCCUUGGGAAACCUGGUGGAGGGGAUGGACUUCCACAGAUUUUACUUCGAGAACCUGCUGUCUAAGAACAGUAAGCCCAUCCACACCACCAUCCUGAACCCUCACGUGCACCUGAUUGGAGAGGAGGCCGCCUGCAUUGCCUAUAUCCGCCUCACACAAUAUGUGGACGGACAGGGCCGGCCGCGCAGCAGCCAAUCAGAAGAGACGAGGGUGUGGCAUCGCCGGGACUCCAAAUGGCAAAAUGUCCAUUUCCACUGUUCGGGAGCUCCGGCCGCCCCUCUCCAGUGAAGGUUGAGCUCAUUGUAGCCACAUCUGACAAGAGUGUCCAGCCAGAAAUGGAGAGUGCAAGAGUGAGGGAGGGGGGAAGUUGAAGAGAGGGAGGAAGGAAAGCGAGCCCAGUGCUGGGUGUCUGUGAGUCUGCACACUGGGUCCGACCCCCUCGCCUGUCAAUCACCUCACCUGCCAAUCACUUUUGUGCGUCGUCUUCUGUCUUACCUUCAACUUGACCCCCUCCCUCCCUGUAUCUUUACACCCGUGCAGAGACUCCCCCUGUUGUGCACAUGUGCUGUGUGGAGUUGGACAGUCUUUGAUUAGUACGGAUAAUAAGGCCUCAGCGAGUCGUCUGUAAAACACCACGCUUUCCGUCGCACCUUCCCAGUGUGAAUAAUGUUACACUGAAUCGCCGUCCUCACUCACAGUGUAGAUUUUCAAUAUAAUUGUUGUUAUUAUUAUUAUUAUUACUACUAUUGUUCUUACUGUUGUUAUUAGUAUUAAUUACAAAAACAAUUGUCACUUAUA